AUGUAUCACAGACUAGCAUUGACUUUCCUCGCAGCAUCCUAUUGUUGUAUAUUUCAGACAUCAGUGUCUGCUCUCGGAUACGGCGCAAAUCAACAAAGUUACAGUGUGGAGACCAAGACGACCACCGUCCGCCGGGAACGCAAUUUGGAUCACUGGGACAGUGAUACCCUAGCCUACUAUUUGGACGACUACCGAGGUCACGAUGUCGCCAUUAUGUUUUAUGCCCAAUGGGAUCACAAUUCUCAUGCCUUGGCCCCAUACUGGGAUCGAAUCGCCACAAUUCUCGACGCCGGAAACACUGGAUCGCGCUUGGUGAUGGCACUUUUUGACUGCGAAAUGAACAAUGCCCACAUUGAAUUGUGCAAGGCCUUGAAUGUCGACGCCUAUCCAACCCUCAUGUUUGUUGGAUCUGGCCCAUACCAUGACACGGAUCCCAUUACCAAGAAAAUCUUUGGAAAAAAUCGUAGUGCUGGGAGAAUGGGUGAAGCACCUGUUAGCAACACCGUCAAAUUCCAGGGCAACUGGAAGUACGGAGAUGCUAUUAUGGAUUGGAUUCGAACCAUGCAAGCUCUCUCGAAUUGGCACCUAUGGACGACGCAAGGGUUUGGCAAGCGGCUCCGAAACUUUCUGCUGCCCCAUAAGACUCCCAAUAAUCCCCUCCCCGUGGGUGUUCCCAAUGCAGCCGCUGGAGGAGGUGGUUCAAGUGCAGGAGGAGGCGCCCAAGCAUCUGGUGUGGACAGCGCCAAAACAAAAGCUUUGGAACAGCAAGUCGAAGCCUUGGCAAAGAACUCAGAACAGUUGGAAAAGCUUGCAGUACGAGGAGAUGCAUUUUUGGAUGUUAUGCUUAACCCAGUCAAGAGUAGUACUCUUGAAAAGGAUCCCUACGUUGUCAUGAAAGAACAUAACGUUUGGGCAAACGUGAAGGACGAUGACAAGACGGAAGAUCUAAUUUUGUUUACUUGCGUCGUGCAAACGUCACUUGAUUAUUGCCAGCGAGUAUCCAAGGAUGUUGCCUUUGACCUCGUGACAAAGUUGGAAGCCCAAGGACAAACUAUCGAAGAAAUGUUGGCAUCGCCGACAUUAGAACAAGAUAUUCUUUCGGGCGUGGCAGAGUUGGAGCCAUUCUGUGGAUUGAUGGACGAAUGUCUCAUCAGUAACUUUGAGGAUGAAAAGUGUCGUCCCGAUACCUGUCCGUUUACGAAUCCUAAUGCAUGCAGGUAUUUGACAGCAUGCUUCAAUCCCGAGAUUCAAUCCGAUUAUGCCGAAGCUGUGUCAGAAGUGCAGGGGAAGAAGGCCGCAUCUGCUAAAGCAGCCACAGCGGCGAUAUAG